GAGAGAGAGAGAGAGAAACGCAGAGAGAGAGAGAGAGAGACGCAGAGAGAGAGGAAGAGAGGCAGAGACGCAGAGAGGUAGAGAAGCAGAGAGAGGCAGCGAGCGGAGCGCAGGCCGAGACGGCUCAGGGCAGCAGAGGGCGCGGCGGCCGGGCUGAACGCUGCGCGGGACGCGCGUGGGGCGCAGCAGGCGGAGCGCGGCCGGAGCCCCGGAGCCCCACACGCCCGCAGCCUGGCAGACAACUGUUGCGGCGGCGCGCGUGGGCAGCCCCGCGCCCCUGCAGGCGGCUCCCGCGGGCGCCGGCUCCCGGCUGCAUAGCAAGGAGCGACCGGCGCGGGCACGAGGCAGCGCCGGACAGGUCAAUGCCAGCCGGAUGAUGACCAGUUGUGGCCAGCGGUCCCGGAACGUUCUCGCAGUAUUCUCUCUGCUGUUUCCUGCAGUCCUGUCCGCACAUUUCCGGGUCUGUGAGCCUUACACAGACCACAAAGGCCGCUACCACUUCGGUUUCCACUGCCCCCGGCUCUCAGACAACAAGACCUUCGUCCUGUGCUGUCACCAUAACAACACGGUCUUCAAAUACUGCUGCAACGAGACAGAGUUCCAGGCGGUCAUGCAGGCAAACCUCACGGCCGGCCCCGAGGGCUACAUGCACAACAACUACACAGCACUGCUGGGAGUGUGGAUCUACGGCUUCUUCGUGCUCACCCUGCUGGUCCUGGAUCUGCUUUAUUAUUCAGCCAUGAACUACGACAUUUGCAAGGUUUACCUGACCCGGUGGGGCAUCCACGGACGGUGGAUGAAACAGGACCCCCGGCGGUGGGGGAACCCCGCUCGAGCCCCUCGGCCAGGACAGCCAGCCCCGCAGCCGCAGCCUCCCCCUGGUGUCCUGCCACAAGCCCCCCAGGCCGUGCACACACUGCGGGGAGACACACACAGCCCACCCCUGAUGGCCUUCCAAAGCUCAUCUGCCUGAAAACCCUUUUGCUGUGCCUCAGGAUGGAGGAGGUUAGACCCAGAGCUCCUGGUGCAGCCUCCAAGAACAGCUUCAACCAAGACACCAGGGAGAGCCGGGGCAGUGGCGUGGUAACAGAAGAGGAAAUACCACCUGUGCCCAGAACCCCCUUUGGAGGACUUCUGAGAUUAGGAGCAAACUCAGGGUCCGGGGACAGACAGGGUACAGGAAAGGGGCUCUGAGCCACCUGUCUGCAAGCAAUAGUUCUCUUUUGGGCUGGUGGCUUCUGAGAAGAGACUCGGUGUGGACUGAGAGGAACAACACUUAGCUGCCCUGGCUGACCCCAGCCAGAAGGAUUUGUGGCCGUGAGUUGUACCAUGGUCCAAACGCUGACGUUCCCCCUUCCUCCACUCCCCCCAGUAGUGGCCCCCUUAGGCCUAUCUGUGUCGGAAUAUCGACUGUGAGUGUGUGCGCGCACGUGUGUGAUCAAGGUGUUCUUUUUAUAUGUUCGUUCAGCUAGUGUUUAAUCGAGCCCCGUCGCCACUGGCUGUAGGUUCUCUGAUGGGCACAGGUCACCGUGUGGCUGAAGAGUCUUGCCCAUGCCCUUGUCUGGGGCUCAGGCCUCUUACCGUGGUCAGGAGCUGUGAGGUGAGGGAGGGGACAGGCACGGGGCCCAGCUUUCUCGUGCCAUAGGCAGUGGGGAUUGGAGCAUACCAUUGAGGAUGGGUUCUGGUGGAAUCUGUUCCCACCGCAGCAGUACUAAGGAAAUAUGUCAGCUGGCUUUGGGCAGCCUAGAUUUGGCUGUUUUGUGUGAACCAUCCAGUUCCUAGGAGGUGGGCGUGGAACACCUCUGGAAACAAUGUAGCUUGGCGAAGGGUGCCACAGUCACAUGGGCCAGCUCCACAGUUUGGCCCCCAGGUGACAGGAACCCAAGUCUAGGGUUUGAUUCCCAGAGUGCAACAGGCCCCAUAACCCAGGUCCCCCACGGUGGUCACUGGAGCACACGCCUGACAUUUUCACAGGAGUGCAGCACACCCACCACCCAGGUCCUCCACCGUCACUGCCUGAGCCUCCCCCACAAGCUCACACUAGCCACACGCCUGCCAUGCACCAGGCCAGGCAAUGGUAAGAUCCAGAGGUGAGGGAUGCCAGGCUCUGCCCUGGGGUGCUGCACCUUUAAGGGGAGAAAAACCACACAGGCAGGGUGAAGGUUCCUAAGGAAACCCAGAGCAGAGGGUUUAUGAGUCUGUCUACUUAAAAUGGGGGUUUUCCGAGUAAGUCUGGAUACCCGUAACAUCUGCCCACAGAGUUCACCAUCACCGCCUCAAACCCACUGCCCUCGGGCACAUGGAAGAAAAGAUAUCCCCCUGAAGUGAUCCUGGAACUCUCCAGAGGCCGCAUUGUCAAUGUAGACAUGGCCACCCCAGCCCUAUCAAUGAGGUCAAAUGUCCCUGCCCUCAGCCCCAUCACCCACCCUACUUGAAGCUGAGCCUCACUUGGCCAGUGAUAGCCCCACAUGAGUUGGCCACCUGCUUGCCACACACUGUAGGAGACAGUGAGCAAGGGGCAGCAAGGAAGGAAGAGCCAGGGUGGAGGUACCCACGGGGCUCACAUUGUGGAGACUGUGUAUGGAGGUUUGGAUGGUUGGGAAAUCUUUAAGCCCGGGUCCAAAUGACACGCAAGACCAGCAAUGGGAUCUAGAGAAGAGGAGCCAAAGAGGGGGCCAUGGGAGCCACAUGCCUGUCAGGUUCCUAGAGGCAGACAAGCUAGGGUGGUCAGGACUCAAAGCAUGGCAGAGGUAAAGGGAUGGUUUUAUAUGCAGAUUUCCGUAUUUACCAUAAUGGUGUACACACACAAUGCUUCUUCAUUGAUAGUAUUGUGUGUUAGAGCACAAAGCUCUUUCCACUCCAGCUGGCUGUUCAUGAUCUCAGCCCCACAAAAGGGAGAGAUGGUCCCAUUUGUAGGCAUGGAAGCGGUCACUCUGUUGACUCUAGAGGCCUACUGGGUCAAAGGCCUCUUACUCUUCACCCAGCCUGUUUUCCCGAGAUGCACUGCUAUGCCCCACACUUAGCCUGGAAAGUUUAUGCUUGGAUCUUAAUUAAAGAUGGGCAUGGACCCUCUCCCGCAUGCUGAAGCAUCCUAGGGUGCGGAACAACCAUUACCCUAAGGGUUGUUAGCAGUGGACCAGCUGGACCAGCUCACACCUGCAGGUCCCCUGCAGGAAAGGGGAUCCUUCCCCAAGCUGCACAGAGCCUGAUGUCACCUGAACAAAGAGAUCACAGGCAAGACCUAGAACCCUCCUGCCUCAGUUUCCCCAGUAGUGAGAGGAAGGAGUCAGACCGGAUGUUGAGGGGACUUCUGGCUUUGGGUGGCUCUGAGUAACACUCUGGCAGUUGCUUGCACAGAGCUCAGGGCUACUAAGCAUCCUUCCUCGGACACAGGAGGCCAUGGCCAUGCAGACAGUAGGGUACUGGGUGGCAGUGGGGUUCUCCAUCAGGAGUCUCUUAGGGAAUAGCUGAAGGUCCCCACGAAGAUUCUGGUUGAUGGCCUGAAUCUCUCACCUAUGUAAGUCUGCAUCUCUCAAUUAUGAGGGACUGCCUUGCUCAGAUAUAUGUCUGGGGCUAAGAGUCUAGACACUGUCCAGGACACAGGAAUACCCCGAUUGCCAGAGGUCAGCAUAGGCUUCAACUUUGCAGCCCUGGGCACCCUGCUGCUUCCCAGCUAGGUGACACUGGCUCACCCACCUAGCCUCUCCAAGUCCCUGUUCCUCACUUGGAAAGCCGGGGUCUUACCCCACACUGCUUCACAAAGCUACUGAACACAAGAGCUGUGUCCAUGCAGAUGUGAGCCCUGGGGUGGGAGGCAGGGCCCCAGAUGGCCACGAUGAGAAUCUGUCCCCUGCCCAUGGUGUCUGUGGCUGGCAGAUGUGUCAGUUAGUAGCCUGUCCUGAAAAGACACAGAGUGGAGACAAGUUCCUGAAUAUUUAUUGAGCUGUCUCUGCCUCCUCCAGUUGCCUGUGUCCCCCACCCCCGCCUUUUUUCUGUAAGCCUCAGGCCACAGUACACUCUUGUAGCAACAAGUAGCCACAGGAAGCAGAGAAGCUGGUGGCACUGUGUGCUCAAGGAGGGUCAUGGGACGUCCUUGUGUCUGUCUGACCUUUUCCCACAGGGAGCUGUAUGUCCUUAGUAAGCAGUUUUAUGCCCUGUCAUCUGCAUUCUGGGGCCUCCCAUCAGAGCUCCUCCUUGGCUGGCUGUAGUCACCAGGGAAAUGUCUUGCUCAUCCCUGUGGGAGUGGCCAAGCAUCUGAUGGUGACUGUCACCAGUGUGCAGCAGCACUUAAUCCAAACAGGAGUGCAUGCGCUCACACACAUACACACGCACACACACACACGUGCAUACCCGUGAGCACACAUGUUUACACAAUAUGUAUGCAUGCACUCAUACACAUAAACAUAACUUGUGCAUGUUCAUGUGUGCAUACAUAUGCACAUUCACAUCUAUACGAAUAUGCAUAUAUCCAUAUGUGCACAUGUAUACUCACACGUGUGAGUGUAAUUUACACAUGUUUACAUGCUAGUAAUAAACACCUGUGAACACAUACACACCUAUAGAUGAGAACAGAUAUAGAGUCCCAUGUAUGCAUACCCACCCAUGUAUGCCACAUGCACAUAUUCACACGUGUUCACAGAUACACUCACAUAUAAACAUAUACACCUACAUAUGAACCAAUACAUACAUGCACACACAUGAUGUUGAUCUAGUUCCUUGAAAAUUCUGAGACUGCAGGCAAACAGUGAUGUGUCCAGUUGUGCGCCCAGGGCAGGGCCACUUCCUGGGUCAUCCAAAAACCCAUCAGGCAUCUUUAGCCCCAAGGUGGAAAGAAGGGUUUGAGGUACCAGGCAAACAAGCCAGGAAUGGUGGUUGGGGUGGCCUUCAGUCGAGAGCUGGUUCUCAGUCGUCCUGUCUAGUGCCCCUCCCCAGGUCCUUGCAAACAGCAGGAUAUGAUGUGGCUGUGCUCUGUGUUGACUGCCACCAGCCCCCACCCCUGUCCACACCAGGAGGGCGAGCCCCACUUGGCAUCCCAGCCAUUGUCCUCUGAACAACUCCUUACAGCUGGUCCCCAGCUCUGCAAGAGCUUGUGAGAGGAUCCAAAGCCUCGGGCUUCCAGACAUUUCUUAUUGGCUUAAUUUUUCCAUCUGGCUGCUUGGUUCCCACUAACAGGAAUUGCUUGGGAGGUAAACAUGAGAUUCCCCAGGCAUUUGGGCACAGGUGACUAUCUGAGUGGCCUCCCGGGCGUUUCUUGUGUGUGUGAAGGGCAGGGAGCCAGCACGGCAUCUGCCAGGGAGCUCUGCCUGGGCAGCAGUGACCUCAGACUGAGUCACACAGCUUACCAUGUGUGUGCCAACAUCUGUCUUGUCAGAGGACCAUGAGGAGAUGAUGUCACAGGGCCAAGGUGGCGCCCCGUACCCUCUAGAAAAUGAGCCCUUAUGCCUACUGUGUGUCGGGUGCCACCAUGGUUUCCUAUCCCUUCUGUAGCCUCAACAAUGUGCCUGCGUUUCCUGGGCUGUGGUUGGGAAGACUGGCAGCUGGGGCCAUCAGCACAGGGGCUUGUACCACCCACACGCUGCACAAAUCCUCAGCUGUUCGGCAGACACUUGCUGAGUAGCCCCUGCCACUCUCUGUCGCCAGUGUCCACCGGAAGUCCCUCCUGUGUCUAGACGGGUUCCAUCAGAGAACAUGGAGUGGCCCGGUGAGAGGCUGGGGUUCACCUCUACGGACCUGACUCGCCGUGCCUAACAGAAACACUCCUGUUCGCAAAAUAAACACAGAACAUUUAUCCAUCCCUCCCACAAAAGUGACCUUGGAAGUGGCAUUGCCUGUCCCGCCCCAUCCUGUUUCCAGUCCAAAUUCCUGCCUGGUAGCCGGUGCUAGAAAUGCUUGGUGGGUGAGUGGGUUUAACCAUUAGUCACUCAGUGGUUAACUUAACUCCUAUCUUUAUGUCUGACCCGUUUACCCUUGACAAACUAACACAACCCUCCAAAACAUACAGAGUCCCCUUGCCAGUGCCAACCUUAAACAUGGGAGCAGCAGCUGGAGUCCCAGGACCACCAUGGCCUCCCAUUUGGUCACAGCCAGUACUUGACUAGGGUUGACUCUCAGGCUUGCGUCUCUGUUUCUCACACCCAAUCUCUUCCUGUUUCUCCCCACAGUCUGUGUUCAAGCAAGGGGGCUAUGUCCCCAUCUCAUAUCCACAGGUGAGCGUAUGGGCAACGUGCAAUAAUCAUCAAAGCUGCAGGGUGAGAGCCCAGCCACCCUAGAAGGGCAAGGGACCUCUCUACAAAGGACUUGUUUCUCCCUGGGUCAGUGGGACAAAGCCAGGUAGGCAGGGUGGGGGCAGGAAGGUAUCUCUAUGCUAGAAGCGCCAGGCUCAUGUUGAGAAGGCAUGGGGGAGCCUCUCUCAGAGCCCACGACCAGGAAAACCAAAAUAAAAACAAAAAACAAAAACCUGAUAUUAGAUAAUCAUCCCCCUCCCAAAUUUGAUGUAUUAGCGGCGUGUUUAAACCGAUGCUGUCUCGCUGCGUUUGUCUUUCUAUAUAGUGGUUUUUAUAAUGACGUCCUUAGUUUUAAUAAAGGAGAAGUCAAGUUAACUGUUCUCCUGAUUGAAGUUGGUUUUGAUGUUUUGAACACACACUGGGAACCAGAGCGGUGUAAUUCGCUAUGGGCUGAGGGGGAAAGAGAACCAGAAUCUGGGGUUUCAGCUGAGGGGUAGAGGGUGGCAUCACAGGUCCAUUCUGAAGACCUCAAGGUCUGCUUGAGGUCCAGAACAGAAAACGGGGCCAGGCAGACCCUGUUCUGAGUGGGUGCAGCCUGGGUCGCAUGGUGAGGGCAACAAGAGCAGGAUAAGGUUUGGGAGGCUGGGCGUGGCUGUCCUGCUGCUCUGAGUACUGGAGUAGCCGCAUAUGGUGCUGUAAGGUUGGGUCCCUAUCACUCACUAUACCUGUGUCCAAACCCACAGGAUACAGAGAAGGGAGUGCACGGAGCCUCUGGAAAACCAAGAAGCCUAGUGAUGAUGACCCCUGAACGUGGGUCACUGACCAUGGGGUGAACAUGGGUCACUGACCGUGGGGUGAACAUGGCUCCAGUGGAAUGUUGGAAUUGGAGACGCUGGGUGUGCUUCGGGGGGAGGUCAACUGGUGGUGUUAGGAACCUGAAGCUACUCUUAAAAAAAUGUUGUUCAAAAAAUCAAAAGCAAAUGACUCCAGAAACACAGCAAAAUGCCUGCACCCAUCUGUGCUGUUCAGGGUAGUACUGAGUGCUGGAGCCAGGGUGAGGAGGUAGGAAAGGAAGAAAAAAAUCCCCCUUUCAUAUGACGUAGAAUAUUCUAAGGAAUUUACAGAGACUCAGAAGCAUGAGUUUAAAAAGCUGCAGAACACCGGAUGAGAAGCCAUUAACCUAUUGAUUUCUACCUAUUAAUAUCAAACAUAAGAACAGGAAUGUUUAAAAUGCUGUAACAUCCACAAGCCCCUCCACUCCAAAUUAAAUACUUAGAUGUAGAUAUAAAAAUAUCGUGCAUGCAUGACUUAACCCCGCCCCCAACAAACAAAAUACCACCGAAAGAAAUUCUAAACCAAAGGUAGGCAUACAUACCUUCAUCAUGGAUUGAAAGACCCAGCAUGAUAAAAAUAUCAAUUAUUCCUCCGGAAAGUUCUGCUCCGUGACAGGUCCUGUUACAAAGAAGAAAAGACAAGCCCUCUAUAGACAAGAGGAAAACAUUUGCAGCCACAAAAGCAACAAAUAACAGCAGCCAAACCACAUAAAGGAAACUCAGAGCAAAACAAGAAAGCAUCACAUUAGGGCUGGGGGCGUAUCUUGGUUUGGAGAAUGCUCCUCUAGCACACACAGAGCCUGUGUUCAGUCCCCAGCACCACAUAAAUGGCGUGUGGAGAAGCAUGGCUUGUAAUCUCAGCAUUUGGGAGGCGGAGGCAGGAGGAUGAGAUGACCAACAUCAUCGUCAGUUACACAGCCAGGUGGAGGUAGCCUGAGAUUUGUUAGACCCUGUCUCAAAGAAGGAGAAGCGGGAGGGAGAGAGGGAACGUGGAGAAGAAAUGAGAAAGUGAUUAGGAAAAAAAUCAAACUAGAUAUGAAGAGAUAUUCACUCCAGAGAGCACAGAAGGCAAAUGAUUCCGGGGGAGGCCAAUUAACCUAUUUUUAUUUUAUUGGCUGUGCUUUUAGCCUUAUACCUAAAAAACUGACUUAAUUCAAGUCUGUGAAGAUUUCUCUCAGCUUGAUAAUUUAGACUCUUCACACAAGUCUUUGGUCCAUCCUGAAUUAAUUUUGCAUAUGGUGAAGUUUAGGGCUUUUGCAUGUGAAUAUCCAGUAGUCCCAGUACCAUGAGAAAUCAUCCUGUGUCAAAAGUCAACUCAUUAUAAAUGUGAGGUUUAUUUCUGAACUGUAAAUUCUAUCCCAGUGAGUAAUACAUCUCCCAAUGCCAAGAACACGCUGUCCUGGCUAGCAUGGCUCAGCAGACAUCUGAGCCCUCUCUGUUCUGCUCCAUACUGUCUGGUUGUUCUGGUUCCUUGUGGAAUUUGUGAACUGUAGGAUGAAGCCAUCUGGGUGCCAAGAGGGAUCCUAUUGUGUCUGCAGAUCAGCCUGGAGAACAUGGCCAUCUAAACACCACCACCUCUUCCAAUCCAUGAACAUGGGAUGUUUUCUCAUUUGCUGGAAUCUUACUCCAUUUCCACGUUCAGAGCCCAGGCCUUGUCUUUGUGAUGCUACACGUUGACACACCUGGGAAGAGGGACCUUCAGUUGAAGAAUUGCCUCCAUCAGCCUGGCCUGUGGGUGUGUCCAUGGGGGAUUGCCUGGACUACUGGUUCGCGUUGCAGGGCUCAGUCCACUGUGGGUGAGAUCAGGUGGUCCUGGGCUGUAUAGGAAAUGUAACUGAAUAUGAACGAGAGAGCGAGGCAAUAAGCAGUGUUCCUUCGUGGUUUCCACUCCAGGUUCCUGCCUUGAGUUCCUGUCCUGACUUCCCUCAGUGACGGGCUGGGACCUACAGUGGUAAGGGGGAGGGGAACAAAACAAAAUCUUCCUCCUCACAUUGAUUUUCGCAGUGAUGCGUAUCACAGCAACUGAAUGAAACAAGGAACUGCAGCGUGACGUCACAAAACCCCCACUAGAGCAGCCACGUCGAGAACUGCAGCAAACUGGUGGCCACGCAGAGAAGGGGGUGACAUCUAUACCUCAGGGGGUGGCAAAGCCACUCUGGAAAUAAUUAUCAGUUUCUUUUUAAGGUGGGGGAGAAGGAGGGGGGUGUGCUCAGUAGUUAAGAGCACUGGCUGCUCUUCCAGAAGACCUGAGUUCCCAGUUGCCACAUUACCCUCAUAGUUGCCUGUAAAUCCAGCUCCAGGGAGUAUGGCGCCCUCUUCUGGCCCCCACAGACACUGCACUCUAGUGCACAUAGUCUCUCUCUCUCUCUCUCUCUCUCUCUCUCUCUCUCUCUCUCUCUGUCUCUCUCUCUCUCUCUCACACACACACACACACACAUACACACACUUGCCUGUAAUUAAAAAUGAGAUCAGUCUUUAAGAACUGAACAUGAAGCUAGUCCAUAGCCCAGAAGUCACUCUCCAGGCAUCUGCUCCAGAUGAUUCAAAACUAAAAUCCACAUGAAAGCCUGCACUGCUCACUCCAGCUCCACUCGUAAGGGCAUCAGACUGGAAACAGAUUUCCUUCUCCAGGUCAGUGCCUAAAAAACUGUGAUACGUCCACCCCACAGAAUACUAUAGCGAUAAAAAAUUAUAUAUACAGCAAUCUGGAAAUUAUUGCUCAGAGGGGAAAUGUUAUAUAUUGUAACAUACUCUAUAUCAUAUAGAGGCUAUAUGUUGUAAUAUACUGAAUAUUAUAUAGAUGUUACAUACUGUAAUAUACUAUAUAUUAUAUAGGAGUUAUAUACUAUAAUAUA